CAGAAUGGUGAGAAGAAUCUUCCCAACCAAAACGAUGAUCUCCCUCACAAUUACCGAGGCAGACUAUUGAGAAAUGAGCAGUGUAAAUCUAUGAGAGAAUAUCGCUGGAGGGACCGAGUUGAUGUUGAUUCCAGUGAAAAUAAAUCAGCAGCCUGUGUUCCCGAGGGACCGACCUUAAGAUCUGCCUUGCCAUAUCAUAAAGUUCCAAAUAUGAAUCAGUCUUACGUGGUGAAUCUGGAAAUGUUAACAACCGCUUUGGAGGAAUGUAUGAAUUGUCACGAAGGACCCCUAGAUUUGAGAAACAGUUGCAACGUUCGCAGCGAAGGAGUGUGUCCAGUCAUGAAAGUAAAAUGUGCCCGGUGUGAUCACAUUAAUAUUCUUCGCCCAGCAGAACAUCAUCGAACGGGAAGAAGAGGUCCUCCAACUUUUGACGUGAAUUCCCGCGCAGGUCUAGGCGCACUUCAUUCUGGAAUAGGACAUGCCCAUUACUCGGGACUACUUUCAACGAUUGGAAUAUCGUCUCUGUCUUCGAGUAACUUUAAAAACCGCGAGCGAGAAAGUGGAAAGGCAGUAGAAGCAGUGGCCAGGGAGUCUUGUCAACGAUUUAACGAUGAAGAGAAGAGAUUAUCGUCAACUGGGGAAGAAGAAAUCGUAAAAGUGGGUGUGUCGUACGACAUGGGUUGGAGAAAAAGAGGCCGUAGUCAUGAUUCCUCGUCAGGAGUAGGAACAGCAGUAGGCUUGCAGACCGGCAAAAUCAUCAGCUAUGCCACUCGUAACACAAUUUGUCGGGUUUGUGCUGAAGCGCAAAAAAAGAAUCAGGAAGCAGUCGCACAUGAUUGCCGCAAGAACCACCAAGGCUCUUCCAAAAGCAUGGAGGCUAACGUAGCUGUCGAGUUGUUUUCUGGUGCAUUGAGCAGUGGUGUAGCUUACACUACUUACGUGGGGGAUGAUGACAGCGCCACAGAAAGUCAUCUUAAAACGUUAGUUACCUACGAUAUCGAGAAAUGGAGUGACAUAAACCAUGCAAGUCGGGCGCUAGGAACGCGUUUAUACGCAGCAAAAGGGAAGGUGAAAGGCCUGACACCGAAUAUUAUAUCCUACAUUCAGAGGUGCUUCACUUAUUGCAUUAACCAAAACAAGGGCCAGCCGUUGUUGUUAAUGGAAGGAUUUUCCGCCAUAGUACCUCACGCAUUUGGAGAUCACAAUAAGUGCAGCGCAUCCUGGUGUGGCUACAAAAAAGAUCCAAAAGGUUAUAAGCACGGAGAUCUUCCCGGGGGAAAGGAUUUGAAGGGCGAAGACGUGCGCGCGGUGCUUGAAGAUGCUCUUCGGCCAUUUAUGUGUGAGGAAUCAGCAAAGAAGCUAGCCCCUGGUGGCUCGUCACAGCGUAAUGAAUGCGUUAACAGCGUGGUUGGUUCUAAAGCCCCAAAAAUCAGGCACUACGGAGGGUCUGAAAGUAGCGACUUUCGAACCGCAGCGGGAAUCGCCCAGUUCAACGAAGGGCAUAGCUACGUCACACUUGCCGCAGAAAAAAUGGGUUUGUCAGGUAUGUCUGUUACAGAAGAGUAUACUAGAAAAAUGGAAAGCCAAAGGAAGCGGAACGCCGAAAGGAAAACGACUAAGGAGUUUAAAAGGGUAAGAAGAAACUCCCGAAAGAAAAGGAAUCUAAGGAAAAAUUCAGUCGAAGCACGUGAGGGAGUGACAUAUCAAAGCGGUAUUGGAUUGCAGCAAACCGACAAAAACUAUGUUGUUACUAACGCAACUAUGACUGAUCUUAAGGCAAGUCUUACUAAGGAGGAGUUUCAAGGUUUCACAGAGCCCCUUCCUAAAUUGAAAAACGUAACGAUACCCGAAUUACCUACCUCUCCACACAACUACCUCUUCUUGUCAAUGGACUUAGAGACAACGGGGCUUGAACGGAAGUCUGAAAUACUUCAAAUCUCAUGCUCCCCAUCAAAUGUGGAAACUGAGUCAUUUUCUGAAAACCUUUUCCCAGAACGUCAAAUUAUAAAUCAGGCGGCGACGCAGGUGCACGGUAUUAGCGUAGACUUUCGAAAUGGCCGAAAAACGUUGAUGAGGAGGGGACUGAACUGGCAGCCGUAUCACAGACACAGGGUCUAACACAUUUUUGCUCCUAUCUUGAACACUACUCUCACUCAGCCAGGAUUGUACUAAUUGCACAUAAUGGAGAUAAAUUUGACUUCCCUGUUCUGAUAAAUGCACUUGAAAGGAACAAUUUACUUAGAGUGUUUCUCUCAAUAAAUGUUUUACUUGUGGAUUCUUUAAAAAUUGUUUCAAAGGAAAUGAAACAGAAAGAUAGUCCAUUGCAAUCCUGCAAGAGCAAGUCCUUAUCUGACCUUUAUGAGUGCCUAAUCAAGGAAACGUUUGACGCACAUGAUGCCGCGGAAGAUGCUGCCGCCUUAUCUCGAGUGUUAUUUCAGUCGCCUUUGAAAGUCACACCUGAAAAGUUCAUUGAAAACUCUUCCCCGGCAACUGCAUUCGUAGAAGAAAUGAAGUCUUCACAGGAGGCCAGAGCACGGAAAACAACUCUGCAUCAACUGCCGGUUUCUGAAGGCAUGAAGGAGAAGUUGGGAAAGGCCGGACUUGACUUGACAACAAUGGAGGCCGUUUACAGAAGGGGUGGUACCAAAGCUCUGCUAGCAGUGAUAGGUCUACCAGAAGCGUUCGAAGAAAUAGUAGACAAAGCCAGUAAGCCAAGAGUAACCAAGAACGUAAAAAUUCUUACAGCAAUCGUAAAUUUUUUUCCAAACAGGCGUUCUUAA